CCGCUCAAAAUUGCAUCAGCCAAGAAAGUUCCGGAUACUUCUAGACACUUGCGGUGGCGUGUAUAAAUAGAGGCCGCAGAGGUCCGGCACUUGCAAUUCAACAGAAUCAUAGCAAGAGAAAGCACCUCUCCACAUACAGAGAGAGCAGAGCAAGCAACGGAAAUUUCAACAGUUAAAGGGAAAUUUACAUCAGAAUGCGAUCCCUACCGAUGUUCCUACGUAUGGCCGAGGAAAUGACCAGGAUGCCACGCCUGUCGCCAUUCCAGGCUUUCUUCCACGAGCCGCCCGUGUGGAGCGUGGCUCAGCCCCGCUACUGGCAGCAAAUCGCGCGAUGGCAGGAGCGGGAGUUCGCCCCUCCGGCCACCGUCACCAAGGAUGGAUACCAGCUGACUCUGGACGUAAAGGACUACACCGAGUUGAAGGUCAAGGUGCUGGACGAGAGCGUUGUCCUGGUCGAGGGCAAGGCCGAGCAGCAGGAGGAAGGUGACGCCGGAGGCUACAGCUCGCGUCAUUUCAUGCGGCGCUUUGUUCUGCCGCAGGGUUACGAGGGCGACAAAGUCACCUCCAGCCUGAGCAGCGAUGGUGUCCUAACGAUCAAUGUUCCCAAUCCUCCGGCUGUUCAGGAGGCGCUCAAAGAGCGUGUGGUCCCCAUCGAACAGACUAACGCCCCGGCCAUGAAAACCGCUGGCCAGGCGGAGGAGGAAACCAUCGGAACCAGCAAGUAGUAGGCCGGACCCAAUGGUCUAUGGAAGAAGAUGACUCCUGAAUGAAGUGAAUCAAAAGCUAGUGAAACCUUUUAGCCUAUGACCUAUUCCAUAUGUCAUACCCCCGCAUACUCCCUUAGUUUAAAUACGGAAAUAUAUAGAAUAUUAUGAGUAACCAA